UGUCAAAUUGAAACCGCCUGGUAGCGGGAACGGUGAUACAUUUAACAUUACUCAAUUUAAGUCUCUUUUUCCAACAAUGUUGAGUAAAAGAUAAAUGAAAAUAAAGUUUUUAACUCAUUUUACUACGAAAAUGGCUUCGUCUGCUAAAAAACCAAAAUUGUUAUUACCAAUAAAAAACGAAUCAAGUACAAUCAAUGUUGAUGACUUUAUGAAACAAAUACAUAAAAAGCGAGAAGAAACUGCUAAGUCCAUUUUAGAUUUUAACUUCAAUAAGUCUCGUUUAAGAACAAUAUCACAAGAGCAGGUGGUAUCUGAUGAUUGCGAAGGAAUUGUAUAUUGGAUGUCAAGAGACAGCAGAGUUCAAGACAAUUGGGCUUUUCUAUUCGCACAGAAACUGGCGUUAAAAAACAAAGUACCGCUCCAUGUAUGUUUCUGUUUAAUAGCAAAAUAUUUGGAUGCAUCUGUUAGACAAUUUCACUUUCUUAUCAAAGGUCUCGAAAAAGUUGCUGCUGAUUGUGACAAGCUUAACAUUUCAUUUCACUUACUGGAAGGCAAUGGGGCAGAAGUUUUACCUCAAUGGGUUAUCGAUCACAGGAUAGGGGCUGUGGUUUGUGAUUUCAAUCCUCUAAGAGUGCCAUUAGGCUGGGUCGAGGGGGCAAAGAAAAAAUUAAAAAAGGAUGUGCCAUUAAUUCAGGUUGAUGCCCAUAAUGUUGUGCCGUGUUGGGUGGCAUCUAACAAACAGGAGUAUUCCGCUAGAACUAUAAGAAAUAAGAUCAACUCAAAACUUGAUGAAUACCUGACUGAGUUUCCUCCGGUUAUUAAACAUCCACAAUCAAGCAGUUUUAAACCGGAGCCAAUAGAUUGGGAUAAGGCGAUAGAGACGAGAGAAGCAGACAAAUCUGUCGGUCCAAUAGGAUGGGCGGGUCCUGGCUAUGACAAUGCUGUCAAAACAUUGAAGAGUUUUCUUGACAAACGUCUCAAAGUCUUUGCAACUAAAAGGAAUGAUCCCACUCAGGAUGCACUUAGCAAUUUAUCACCAUGGUUUCAUUUUGGCCAAAUAUCAGCACAACGGGUAGCCUUGUGUGUGAAGGAGUACAAAACCAAGUAUACAGAGAGCGUCAAUUCUUAUUUAGAAGAGGCUAUAGUGCGAAGAGAAUUGGCUGACAAUUUUUGUUUUUACUGUGAACAUUAUGAUAGCAUCAAAGGUGCAAGCCAGUGGGCACAGAAGACUUUAGACGACCAUAGAAAUGACAAAAGAACACAUAUAUAUACACUUGAACAGUUCUGCAAAGCAGAAACCCAUGACGACCUGUGGAACUCGGCUCAAAUACAAAUGGUUAAAGAGGGGAAGAUGCAUGGGUUUCUAAGAAUGUACUGGUGUAAGAAGAUCCUAGAGUGGACCUCGAGUCCGGAAGAGGCAUUGAAAUAUGCCAUAUAUUUGAACGAUCAUUACAGCGUUGACGGCAGGGACCCUAGCGGAUAUGUUGGUUGUAUGUGGUCUAUCUGCGGCGUCCACGACCAGGGCUGGGCGGAGCGUGCUGUGUUUGGCAAAAUCCGCUUCAUGAACUAUGACGGCUGCAAACGAAAGUUUAACGUACCGGCCUUCGUAUGCAGAUACGGAGGGAAAGUCCACAAAUAUAACAACUUGACCGACAAACAGAAGAAAAAGUAGUUUAUUGUUUUUUUUUUCUCAACACUCAAACACUUAGCCUCUUCAAGACUGCUAUCGUUUGAUCUGAAUUUUAUUCAGAGAUUUUAUAAGAACUACCAAAAAAAAUGUUUGUAUUUUUUAACCAUAACUUGCUGUUUAAUGUGAAGUUCUGAUAAAUUUAGAUUUUUCUUCUUGCAGUAAUGUCAUAUAUUUUUCUAAUUAUUACAGUCAUGGUGUCGGUUAGGUAUAUAUAUUUAUAGCCUCUGCUUAGUCGCAAGCUUUACGUGCUCGUUGAAACUGUAACAGAUUAAAUAUUAAAAUUAUUUUUAGAUUUUCAAAUCGAAACUUAUAAAGUACAAUGUUUGGAACGUUUGAGAUAUUGUAAGUUUUUUUUAAAAUAUGUAAUAACUUUAAAAAAAAAUUGUAAUUUUGAUUUUAAUGCUAAGGUCAAGAUGUUUACUUUAACUAGUUAAGGUUUAAAUUCUCAUUUUUUUUUAAUUAAAAAAUAAGGUUUUUAACUUGUUAAACUAUGGUAUAAUUAAGGUUUGCUUUGUUUGAUUUUAAUAGAUUGUGUUUUUAUUUUUUUUACAUUAACAGAAGAAUCGUUUUACAUAAAUCCUUUUCUAACAGCCUUUUUUAUUAAUUGGAUCCUAUUGAUAGUGUGCUCAAUUCUCAGAGCCAACAGGAGAGCCUCGUCCCAUACGUAAAAAUAUAUAUACGAGGGUGUUCAAAAAGUAGUAAGAAUGUCAUAGUAAUAGGGGGUAGGUGAUAAAAUACUACUUCUAAAAAAUUUACUACGGAACAAUUUUUAAAGAUUUACGUGAGACAUUGAGGGAGCCUGCUCCUCCAUAUUCCACAGUGACUCGGUGGUCUGCAGAGUUUAAACGUGGUGGAACAUCGGUUAAAGAUGACCCGCGCUCGGACCGCCCUUCAACGUCAGUCACUCAGGGAAUGUUCGAAAAAGUUAGAUUUGUUCUGGAUGGUUUUAGUGUAACAGUCCGUUUAUAGCUUAAAAGUUGAAGAUUUCAACUGGUAGUGUACGUAGCUAGACCAAUUAAGAAUGACAAAGUUAUCCCCGCGUUGGGUCCCAAUGAUGCUAACAGACGCACAGAAGCGAACGCGACUCAACGUUUCAAAUGCUCAUGGAACUGUUUCAACGAGAUCCUGAUUUUUUUUUGGGUCGACUCGUAACAAUGAAUGCGACAUGGCUUCACCAUUAUGAUUCAGAAACGAAUCAGCGGUCAAUGUCCUGGAAACCAUCUGCGGCCAGAUCGUGAGCUCCAUUUUUUAGGACAGCCAGGGAUUGAUAGUUAUUGAAUACCUUGAACGUGGAGCCAUUAUCACAAGCACUGCCUACCGGAACAAAUAAAAAAAAUACGUCAGAAAAUCCUUAAAAACCGACGAGGGAAUGUCUCGAAAAAAGUUUUGUUCCAUAAAGAUAACGCGCCAGAACACGAGUCUGCAGUUGCCAUGGCAGCAAUCCGAAAUUCUGGCUUUGGGAUUACGAUAAACGAUUACGUAAACGAUUAUCUAAGUACUCAAAAUGAAGAUUUUUUUACAAAGGGAAUAUUGGCUCUGGAAAAGAGUAUCGCUAAAUGUAUUGACCUAAAGGGUGAUAACAUGGAAAAAUAACAUAAUAUUAAAUAAAUUUAUUUUGAAAAUUG